AUGACUGCAACACACCCCUAUCAACAGCUGGACAUCGAUGAGCGGGUGAAGCGAGUACUUCUAAAGACGCCGCUCAUCGAUGGCCACAAUGACCUCCCCCAGCAGCCGCGUUGCUGUUUCAAAGGCAAGAUCCACAACAACCCCAAGUUCGACUUUGCGAAUGGCUUCCAGAGGGGAAUGACGGACAUCCCUCGCUUGAGGGAAGGUGCCGUCGGCGGCCAGUUCUGGUCCGUCUGCGUUCCCUGCCUGCGGUCCGCGGAGAACUUCUCAACGGCAGAGUACUCGACCAUGGCGCGCGACGCUAUUGAGCAGAUCGAUCUCACGCUGCGCCUGGUCGAGUCGUAUCCGGAGACGUUUGAGCUGGUGAACGGGCCGAAUGAGGUGAAGAAGAUUUAUGAGUCUGGGCGAAUUGCGUGUUCAAUAGGUAUUGAGGGCUUGCACAUGGCUGGUAACAGCAUCGGCAUCAUUCGCGCUUUCUAUCGCCUCGGAGUUCGAUAUGUGAGCAUGAUCGUGGACAUCUCUCACGUCUCCGAAGACUGCGCCAAGCAAGUCCUCGAGCUUUCCCGCGCACCAAUCAUGUUCUCCCACUCCAACGUCAAGGGCGUGUUCGACUGCGCGCGCAACGUCCCCGACCACAUCCUCGACAUGGUCCCCGCGAACGGCGGCAUCGUCAUGGUAACCUUCGUGCCGGAGCACGUCGCCACCCGCCGAAGGGAUGCCAAGAUGGAGAUGGUUCUCGAUCAUUUAUUCUACAUUGCCGAGCGCAUCGGAUGGGACCACGUCGGCCUCGGCUCCGACUUUGAUGGCAUUGCGUCAGUGAUCCCUGGACUGGAGGAUGUCAAGUGUUACCCAGCGCUUUUGAAAGCCAUCUUGGACCGAGGUGCAACGGAGGAACAGCUGGCCAAGGUCGCCGGGGAGAAUAUCCUCAGGGUAUGGCGCGGGGUUGAGAAGGUGAGAGAUGAGAUGAAGGCGGAGGAUGUCUUGCCGGUUGAGGAUGUCUGGGAGGGACGAGAGUGGUGGAAGUAUGACGGCUAUUAUCAGAUGAAGGUUGAUUACGAUGAGGAUUCGGGGGGUGAUUGGUAUGGCGUCCCUCCUCCAGAUGAGGGUUUGUAUCUUGAUGAUGAUGGGGACAAAUAG